GCCAAUCGCGGUUGAAAAACAGCACGCUGAUGGCCACAGCAGCCAUUGGCCGAUUUUCGUGCCCGUAAGCCCGCCUCCCUCACCUGGCCCGGCCAAUGGCCGGCCGCGACGGGCAAGUUCGAACGGUGGGGGCGGGAGCAAAGCGCUGCGUGUCGGUUAAGCGCGAGAUUCGAAGAGCGGCGGUUGGUAGCGGAGUAACGAUGGCGCUCUCCUCGCAGCUUCAGUCGUUAGACGCGCUGAAGUACGUUGAGCUGCAGCAGGUCGCCAAGGCCGCCGGCCUGAGGGCCAACCUCCGGGCCGAUAAACUGUUGAAAGCGCUGAAGCAACACUUCCAAGGAAGAAUGCAAGAAAAUGAAAAUACGAAUUCUGAAAAAACUGUGUCUCCUUCAAUGGACUCUGAACUGAGCUGUCAGCAGGAAUUUAUGCCUAAUCCAUCACGUUUUGUCACAAAAAGAUGUAAGGAAAAGAAAGCAACCAGGAAAAAGAAGAGCUCUGAUAUGGAAACUAGUAACAGUGAAGAAAAUACUGGGCCCUCUGCUGAGAUGGAGGGACAUUCUGAAACAAAAGAGAAUGAAGUGCCUCAGGGUGAUUGUGAAAAGGAAAAGAUGGUAUUCCAAAAUGUGGAACGAGUUACUAAAAAAAGAGCUAAUGAGAAUCCAAGCACAGCUACUGCUGAGAAGAAGCAGCCAAAGAGGACUUCUUCUAAAAGCACUAGAGCAGAAUGUGAUCCUCAUCCUGCAGGACAGAAGAUUCCUUUGUAUGUUGGUUGUGCAUCUAAGUCUGGGAAAACAGGGCUGAAAGCUACUACACCAAACUUUAAAAGGCUCCAUGAAGCUCACUUCAAGAAAAUGGAGUCCAUUGCUGAUUACAUUGAGAGGAAGAAAAAAAUGUAUGAGAACUGCAGCAGUUCCCUCAAUGAAGCCAAGAAACACACCAGUGGCAAAACACUCUUAUUCAGCCCUAAUCCAGAACGAGGCAGAUUCUCUGGCACCUGCACUCCUAGUAACCUCCGACGCUCACCACGGAGUUUGCUGAACACUGGAAGUCAAAGUAUUUUGUGUAGGAAAUCUUCAUUUAAUCCUUCUGUUCUCUCAACAACCAAAAUGAAUGUCAGGUUCUCUGAAGCCACAAAAGAUAAUGAACAUAAACGUUCUCUUACUAAGACUCCAUCCAGGAUGUCUCCAUACGUGGAAGAGAUCUGCACACCUGACAGCCAGAAGAGCUGUGAACCCCUAAGUGCAAGAAACAGCAAGAGAAGGACAAGAAAUAAUGAUCUGCCUGCAUUAAAGGCUAUUACCCCGUUCAAGUUCGCAGCUCAGUCUGCAGAACCCUCAAGCACCAAGAAGAUAUUUGAUCUCAAAGCAAGUCUUUCAAGGCCACUUCGGUAUCAACCACACAAAGGACGGCUAAAACCUUGGGGAGAACUUAAGGAAAAUGCUCCCCCAAGGAAGUCUGUCAACAGCAGUGUCAUUUCACAUAAGAGAGACUACAAACAGCCACAUCUCCAGACAAGGGAAGACAGGCGGGAGAAGCAUGAGCAGGAGAGAAAAAAGAAGAAAGCUCAGGCUCUUGGAAACCGUAGAGGACUAUCUAUGGGUUAGGUAAAAUCAGAAAUAGCCAGGAUCUCACCUGUAAAUACUGUUUCUCUCAUGUAAAUACUUGUGCUGUCUGUACUUCACAGUAUGGGUCAGGUUGUUUAUUAGCUAGUAGAAUCCACAGAUGACCAAAUAAGAUCUUAUAACGCAUCUCAGCAUUAUGUUUUACCGGUCAGCUUCUAAGCUCUUAAAUGUUUAGAACUCUCAUCUCCUUGGAGAACCUCUCUAGUUGCAGAACUCUCUAGUUGGUUACUGAUAUUUUUCUAACAUAGCUAUAUAUCAUGCUAUGUAUCUAAUGUAACUAAAAGAUGCUAAAGGAGAAAAUGCAAGUAGAAAAGAGAUGCUCAUGGAGCCUCCUAAUAACUUGUUGCAGAUUUCAUCAAAAUGUUUGUUACCCACUAGAAUGAAUAGUUUGGAUUGCAAGCUUCAAAACAUUCCACUGGUCAAUUAAAGGAAUUGAGAUAUCUGCUUGCCCUGUUUUCCAAGUGGAUCCUUACAACUUGUAGCAUGUCUUAUUAUAGCUCUGUGAAAUGGUAGGGAAUCUCCAGGGAAAGAAAUACACAUGCUUUCUGGAAAUCUACGAAGGUUACAGAAAACUACAAGGCAUAGCAGAAUUGUGAUUUUUUUUUUUUUUUUAAAGUAAGGUCAUAGAUGAAAAGUGGCUUUACAAACUAGUACUGGAUGCUUAGAUCAGAUAUGGUUGGGCUUGGUCCUUUAUAGAAUAAACAGAUAAUUAAAAAAACCAAUUGAAAUACUUCAAAGAUGUUAAGAAGAGUGAGAUGUUUAAAUGCCAUAAAUGCGAAAACUAAUGUUAUUAAAAAAAAA